AUGGUGCUGCUGUCAGGGCACGGCGAGCAGCUGGCCGGGGAGCGGGUCUGCCCGCCCGCCGCCGCUAAGGAGAUGCCCGGCGCCGAGGCGGAGAGCAGCCCUGAGCAGGGGGUGGCGGAGGCUGCCGCCGAGGAGCCGGACGAAGUAGAGGAGGAAGAGGAUUGCGAAGAGUACGAGGACUUCUCCGAGCUGCCCGACACCUGCAGCAUCGCCUCAGACGACUCCUUCUACCCUCCUGGCGGGCUGGACGACGAGGACCUCUGGUCCCUGGAGGGGGACGAGCGCGACAGCCCCGAGGCGCUCAGCCUCUUCCGAGCGUGCUGCACCAACAACAGCAUCGUGCUGAAGGCGCUCAUCCGCCAAGGCCCCCAGGAGGAGGAGGUGCAGGAGGCCGACCGCAACCGCAGGGUAACAGCGCUGGUGGGGCCAAGCCAGGCCCACUCCACCACAGCCUGGAGGGGCCGGGCCGAACCCCAGCAGUGGCUGGGCGGGGGACAGGAGGCUGCAAAGCCCAGGCCGAAGCUGGGCCAGUUCGCGGCUGCUGGCAUCUUGCUAACAUCAUGCCCUGUCCCUGCCGUCAGCCUGCGCCAAGCCAGGAUCCGCUGGGCUCCGGGAGUGGCUCCGGGCCGGACCAGACCCCUCCACCGCGGCCCCUCCGCAGCUGCUGCCGGGCACAAGGAGGGGCCCAGCGCGGCCUUCGAUCCAUCACUGUGA